GCCGUCGGCGUCACAUUGGCAUAGGUCAUGGAGGAAGAAAAAAAUCCUUCCUUCAUGACAUAAGUGCUGCACCGACGAACGCGAUGCACCGACGAACGAGCUGACGAACUGUGACAGCGUGGCAAUAUGGUCCGGGACGGCAACAGCAUGCCUACCAAGUACCAUCAGCUGAAGCUGCAAGUCUGGUGGAUCCCUCCGGACGGCAGAGAAGCUCAUGACGAGUUCCUCGAUGCCUAUAGAACAUUCUUCAAAGAGCAGACUCCGCUGGUGGAUGCCGAUGCGACAUUUUUCUUCAGUGAAGUGUACCGUAAAGCAGUCAAGUACCUUCACGAGGAGGCUAUAUAUCAAAUCGACUGCACUAUCGAGUGGCCUGGGGUUGUCUGGUUUGGCCCGGCAACAAAGUAUCUGCAGCUUGGUCAUGCGUGGUGCAGUGCCAGUCGCGACAAGGCCCGCGAGAAGGCUCUUUUUCAGUGGCUGGUCCCCAGUCCCCUGGAGGCCUUUCAGCUGGCCUCGCACCCGUUUGACCGAGAUGUGAAGCUGUCGUCAAUCGCGUUUGGCACGCUGGUGCAGUUGGGCGUGUUCGUGCAGCACAAGCUGUUCUCCUCGUCCAUCAUCGACGACCACCGCGACUACUGGAUCAACGCAACAUUCCAUCAUGACCAGCGAGUGCUGCAUGUCGAUCUGCACCUGAACCACCGCGAGGCCUGUGCAGGGCUGAUCGCCGAGUACCGGUUUAUCGUCCCAUAUCUAAGCAUCACAAAGGUGUUGAUUAACGAGAAGAAUCGCCAGGUUGAGAUCUACCUCCACCUGAAGACCCCGGCGAUGCUUAUGGGCGAAGUAAUCAUGGACACUGCUUCGCGGCCCGGCAGCGCAGCGGCUGCCACGCCACUGCGCUGGGAGCGCCACCUUGCCAUUGGCUGCGACUGCAUCGGCGAUACCGUGCGCAUGGCUUCGCUCUGUGGGGGUCUCUUCCUCAAGCUGGUCUUGACAGAUCGCUCCCUCGCGAGGCGCGUGAUUGGCCGGCUCUCACAGCGUUGCACCCAGGGUACCCUGUUCUGCUACGCCCCCGUCCGGACCUACUGUCCAGAUAUCGUGGUGGGCCGUUGGACCGUCCAGGUUUUGGCACGCUGCGAGGAAAUGGAGAGGACUUUGCCGUUUCCCUGUGCCUAUGCAUUCAAGGCAGCCCUGCACAUCACGUUUGAUGUUCUCGAUCAGAUGGCGCUUAUGUCGAGGACCACAUUUGAGAAGCUUAUGCGGGACAUCAAGAAGCGAUCAAAGGAGGAGCCGCUGGUCGUCGAGCGGGCGCUGAGCCACAUUGUGUCCAGCAUUGACGCGGGCAACGUCGUGAUGUUUGGGCCAGCCUUCUACGCAACCUGCAGCCUGUUUAAGGACGAGAAGCCGCCGCAGCUGGCCCGUGGCACGUGCCUCGUGCGGAGCGUGUUUGUCACGCCUGGCCGGCUCAUUUUUCGUCCUCCGCAGGUUCACUUUGAGAACAGGAUUCUGCGCGAGUUCAACGCGGAAUUUGCCAUACGAGUGUCGUUCAGGGACGACAACCUGGACAAACUGUCCUUCUCACUCAACCUGCACUCGUCACGGGAUGCGAUUUUGAAUGCCGUCGUCGCCCGCUUCCUGCACGAUGGGCUGCAAGUUGGCACCAGAGAGUUCAAGUUUCUGGCACCUUCCACUAGUCAGCUUCGUGACCACGGGACGUGGAUGUACGCAGCUGACGAGCGGCAGAACAAUGCCGUGACGAUCCGCCAGUGGAUGGGCAAGUUUGAGGGCAUCCCCAACGUGGCUAAGCGCAUGGCACGCAUGGGCCAGUGCUUCUCUUCGACCGAGCAGUCUGUACAUGUCAAGCCGUGCGAGGUGCAGGAGGUACCGGACAUAAUCGGCGGUGCCCACCCCGUCAGCAGGAAGCCGUACAUCUUCUCCGACGGUGUUGGCAUGAUGUCAGUGCAGCUCGCCGAAGAGGUGUACAAGGUGAUGCAGUUGACGGAGCGGCCGUCGGCCAUCCAGAUUCGGUACGCUGGGGCCAAGGGCAUGCUCUGCGUCAACCCUGCCCUCCCCAAGAAGAAGCUUCUCUGCCUUCGCCCCAGCAUGCAGAAGUUUCCCUGCUACAGCUCGGAGUACCUCGAAGUGGUCAAAGUCUCUGCACCACGUUCGGUGACCCUGAAUCGACCACUUAUCACCAUCCUAGAGCAGCUGGGGGUGUCAACCGACACUUUUGUGUACUUGCAAGAGUCCAUGAUCCUGGAGUUCACAGAUGCCCUCGUCAACGAGGCCAGGGCUGUCGACGUGCUGUCUGCAUGGUCCAAGCUGCAGCUUCCGUACGAGGACCUCUCCAAGGCGGGUUUUCAGCUCACGCUGGAUCCGUUCUUCCGGUCUCUGCUUCUUGCUGUGUACCGAAAUGCAGUCGCGGGGCUCCGGUACAAGACCCGCAUUGCGCUGCCAGUGGAUCGAGCCCGCAACAUGCUCGGUGUGGUCGACACGACGAACAAGCUGCGCUACGGAGAGGUGUUUGUGCAGUGCACCGAGAUGCGCAGUCCGCAGGUGCAGCAAAAGGGACCGCCCAAGAAGAUGGUCAUCACGGGCACUGUCCUGGUCACCAAGUGCCCUUGCCUGCACCCGGGUGACGUGCGCAAGUUCACCGCGGUCGACGUGCCUGAGCUCCACCACGUCAUCGACUGCAUUGUGUUCCCGGCACAGGGACCUAGGCCGCACCCCGAUGAAAUGGCCGGCUCGGACUUGGACGGGGACGAGUACGUUGUCAUUUGGGAGGAGUGCCUCUUCUUCCCAGGGUCAAACAGAACGCCCAUGAACUUCUCGGAUCGCAACCCCGAGCCACACGGGAAGCCAAUCACAACCGAUGACAUGAUUCAAUUCAUAUGCAACUAUAUCAAGAAUGAUUCCAUUGAUAUCUUCUCCAACGCACACCUGGCCUGGGCUGACCAGGAGAAGGAAGGAAUUUAUUCACAGAAGUGCCUUGCCAUCGCUGAAAAGAUCAGCAUCUGCCUCGACUUUGCAAAGAAUGGCAAGACUGCCUACCUUCGACGAGACGAGCGGCCCAUGCUGUACCCAGACUUCAUGGAAAAAGGAAGCCACAAGACCACGUACCGGUCCGACAGGGCACUCGGUGUCUUGUACCGAACGUGCAGUUUCCUGGAGGCCGCCGUGGGCAGGUUGGGUCACCGGCACGUUGACCCUGGUCGGUGCCAGGCGCUUGUCAUACCAGGUUGUGAAGAGUACGGAGAGUCGGCGGCGCAGGCUCUGACGGAUUACAACACGAACCUUCGGCGAAUACUGAACCAGUACGGCAUCGAGUCCGAGGUUGAGGUUAUGGCGUGCAUGGUGAACACGUUCGUUGCCUAUCACAGUGCCCAGUCAGACAAGCUCAACAUGGAAGACCUCGUUGAGAAGAUGGUCAAGUUUCUGACGGUCACCACACGCGACGUCUUCUACAACAGCAUCUUGAAAGAAAUGCAGGAAAGCUGCAUAUUCGAUCAAGAGGAAUCGACCAAGAGGAAGCUUCGCAGGGCCUCAGCCUGGUACAUGGUGACGUAUGAGCAGAAAGAAGAGGACUCAUUUUUUAGCUUUCCCUGGUGCAUCGCGGACCUUCUCAUCGAGAUCUUGCGCAGCGCCGACGCUCAGGACAAGGUGUGGUGCCCGAACAUUUUGUACUGGAAGAUUGACCACCUUGUCGAAGAGAACAGCAGCCUUGCGGAGAAUGAUGGUCUGGGUGCAAGUUGCGAUUCCUUCAAGACAGCCUUUCAAAUAAUUAAAAAGUGGCUGAAAGAGGAGACGCUGCUUGGCGAGCACAAACCUGGCGCCCCAUUCAAGCCCGGGCUGUGCUCCAACUGCCUGUUAGACAUUUACAAUGAGUUUGUGGAAAGUAGGAAAUUUGCACCCUUGAGCAAGAUUGUCACGAGGAGGCGGCAUGCCAUGAUGAUGUUGGAAACAGCAGCUUCCCAGGAUGAGCCAAGUGCCGAGCCAACUGUGGAGGCAUCAAAGAAACUGAGGGCAGGCAAAUGCAUUUCCCACAAGAAGGCUCCUACUGAAGCCUGGCACAUUAUCGAUGGGUUUGUGGAGCCCCUUUGUCUGGACGACUCUGACGAGACAGUGGACUCUGGAUUGUCAGAGCAGGGUGGACAACGUGAGUGCAACGAGCAGGACGUCAAAGAGGUCACUAGUUCCACGGCACUGCUCCUGCACGAGCCAUGGGACGGGUGCGACACCGAGCUAGACCAUGGCAAGGACCCCAGUGUGGGCACUCUGGUGUUCUCGUUUCUGCGGUGGUGCCUGGAGCAGCACCGGCUGCCGCGGGAGAUGUGCCGUGUGGGCGCCUGUGCGGGCGGUGGCUACGACUGCCAGACCCACAAGCUGCCGAUGGUGGCGCUGCGGGCGUACAGUUCGCUGGCAAUUUCUCUCGACCCAUGCCACAUCUCGCUGCCCUGUGACCCUGCCUACCACGAACCUCAUCAGGAAGUCUUCGAGCUGGAUCCCGUUCACAUCCUGAUAGCCAAUCCAGUGAUGGACCAGAUGCUGAAGGAGAAGCUCAAUGCCGUGCGACAGCUCCUUAUGCGCUGGACAGGCGUACAAGAUGUGCAAAUCCAGCAUCUGGACGAUUUUGAUGACGCCUACAUCGUGGUGACCGCUGGCAGAGACUGGCAGAUCUGGUUCCUCGAGGAGCUGCUCCUCCAGCGAUGGCUGCCGCAGGCGAUCGACUGUGGGGACAUCCUCAAGUUUCUGAGGGAGAAUCCGCAGGCUCGCCAGGCAAAGCUGGGCGCCCGAAACUUGGCAUCUGGCAAGCACUAGCGAUUGCUGUGUUUGACAUUUUCGUGAUGCGACUCGACAGCGAUCUCGUCAUAGGCAUUGACUUGAAGGUGUUGACGAGGUUAGAAAUUGCCGCGCAAAGCCUGAGUGUCUGUGUACAAGUGUACAGACACUUUAUACUUACUGAAAUGUACAAUUUGUACAGUAUUCACACCUGUGAUAUUUUAAAACUGUCUGUCUACAUUCUGGCAGACAUGUUUCAUUGUGGGCAUGCGUAUAGUGAUAGCGAAUUAUUUAGAUCUCAAUUAUUUGUGUAUAUUCUUCUUAUAAUUCAUAUAUUCGCACUUUGACGGAGAUUUAUUGUUCUGUAAUAAUUACAUAUAAUGAUUCGUAUUCAUGAUUCGUAUUGAUGAUUCGUAUUGAUGAUUCGUAUUGAUGAUUCGUAUAGAUGAUUCGUAUUGAUGAUUCGUAUGGAUGAUAUUCGUAUGGAUGAUUCGUAUUGAUGAUUCGUAUUGAUGAUAUUCGUAUAUUGAUUCGUAGUGACCAAUAUAAUGACUGUAAUUGGAAACUUCAUUAAAGAAUGUUUACAUUAUUAAA